ACAUCUUCAUUAGCCGUUAGAGGACACAAUAGCUCGCACUGUGUGUAAAUCCCUCCAACCCAUUUGAUUAAGGAUGAAUGGCCUCAUUGCUUGUGGGUGCCUGUAAAAUAAUCGGAAGCAGCAUGCAUAGUGUUGUGUGCUUUCAUUGUUUGCGCACCACGUGCAGUUUUUGGGACAUGCAAACAUUGUGAAUAAUGGCCAUAGCAAGCAUUCCAGUGCUUACAUUUUUUCCAAAGCCCAUAUUACUUGAUGAGCUUUUUAAAACUUUGCCCAUACAUAAGCCAAAUGACGCCUUCUAUUUUUGUGACACGUUGAGUACUUUCAGGACGAUGGUAAUCUUCCGAGUAGGUUCAUGUACACAUGCUUCAUAUUUCAACCAAAUAUGAACAAUGUGCGUGUGUUUACUUCUCUGAAAAGAUGGCAAAAGCCAACCACGUAUAUUGUAACGCUUGAAAAUGGGGAGAAAACAUGUAUUCAGUAAUUAGUCCAAGUUCUCGAGUGACCUACACAUUUCGGACUUUUGGCACACAUCACCAUAGCAUGGCCUCCAAACUCCCUAAGUACGAAAUUGCUGCAACCUUUGCUUCUUUCAAGGUAGUGGCAAUUUUGUAAGUAUUCUUGUAAAACUUCUAUACAAGCAGAACAUCAGGGUUGAACAGUUUUUGUUCGUUCUCAAAUAAAACACACUUCAAAACUUCCCCUGCAGGUUAUGUCUAAUAGCCACACAUUGGCUGUAAGUAUAAACUCCGUGAGUAAUCUACUUUUGCAGGGCAUUGUGAAAAGAUGCAUGUUUUCCAGUGUAUCUAGUCGCAGUAAUAGCUUUGCUGCAAGAAAAAAAAUUUUAGUGAGCUUCGGAUACAAAAUCAUGCAGAAAAGUUUUGUAUUAUUUAUAUUGCAAGACUACAGCACAAAGAAGUGGCACUGAAAAGUGGUACUGAUAUGCCCCACUGUCCAUCAAAGGGCAUAUUGAUCUGGCACCUGCAGAUGGGGCACCUGUCAACAGGAAUAAUGACACUAAUAAACAGUAGUGGUAAAGUGUGGCACCAGCUUUUGUACUUGUAUUGUAUAUUCUUGUGCAGCAAUCAUCCAUUUUUAUUGCCAAUGAGUUUUCUUUCACUGUAUGUUAUUGUAAAUAGCGUGUAUAAUCUUCUUUUUUACCAUUAUUUUUUUUGUCGUUAGCAUUAACUUGUGGAUGCACUGUUAGUGCUGUCUUGUGCCUGAAUGUGUAGUAUUUUGGUGUACACAGUUCUACAUUGCAGGAUAAAGAUGCCCCUACUAAAGCUCUGGAGUUCAGACCAUGGCACCAAAAAGAUUGCCAGUGCAAGCACACUUGCAGAUGUGUUAAAACAGGCAGCGGAGAAAGGUGUCUGCUCGUCAGAAAAUGCCAAAGUUUUUCUUCGAGAUUGGACUGAAGUGGAGGAGGAAACCUUCACCGAAGUCGUCAGCGAACUGCCCUUGGAUGAAAGGAUUUUUAUCGUCGCUGAGAGGGCUCCACAAGUGCAAGUAGACGCUACCCCUUCAGGCUCCUCAAAUAGUCUGGAGGAACGAGUGGGCACUAUGGAGGAAAGCACAUGCUACAGUUUUAAGUUUGAUGGUAGCCUGUUGUUAGAGGCCGUGCGUGGAGCCCUGGGCUCGCAAAGCUCCCUCCCUCCAAGAGAGAGGCGGGAGCUUGUGAGGUCAGUAGUAGAUAAAAUGACUAGGGUAACAUCACGGCCUCGGAGGGAAUUAAUUCGUAGUACAUCGGAAGAGCUCGUCAACAUGUACCCAAAUGCACUUCAAGAUCGUGGUGUAGGGGGCCAAAUUCUAGGUCGUGGAUAUGAUUCGGUGUUUCAGCAGAUUGAAAACAGAAUCGAAAACAUUAAUCGUGGGAAGCGGCCAGCCACAGGUGCACAGAAUGCACGGCAAAAUGUUAAGGCUGCCAGGUACAGCUCGUAUGGCUGUCUGAACUGGCAACCAAUGCCAAGUGCUGAGAGUGCUGAGGACAUCAACCAGAAGAUUGAGUUUUUAAAGCAGGAGGGGAAGAAAACUCCUAGAGAUAUUAACUUCCCACUGGCCACAAGAUAUAUGGCAGAUACAUACUGCCAACUGCGGGAAUUUGUCAACGCUGAGCCUCCCCGGCACACUGCAGUUGUCAAGGAGGAGUGGCCGGUGCUCUUUAAGAGACCAUUCUUUUAUGCUCACGCGAACCGGCUUCUUGGCAAGAAUGUCAAAGAAACAUUUGAAGAGAAUGUGAGGAUUAUUGGUCCUUCUCUUGUUCGCCACCUUCAGAAUGUCCAGAAGAGGGAAAUAAUACAUGUGUUGCUGGACGUCGAACAGCAAGAAAAGAGGGGCAACAGCAAGGCCAACGAAGCUGCCCUUCUUCCUCUCCUAGCAGCGUUCUUUAAGGAUAAUUCAGGGCUUCUGUUCAAGGUUGUUCCGGAAGGUACAAGCUUGUCGGACAUACUUUUGGAGCUGCCUUCUACCCCUGUCAUUGUUGCAAUCGGAUCCAUAUAUGACAAGUGCCACGUCAUUUGUGAGCAAGAAGAAAUGUUCUCACAGGCCAUAGGCUUUUCUGAAGCAGCUUGCUUGUGUUUUUUAAUAUACUAUGUUUUUAACAUGGACAUAUCCUGAUGCAGCUGCAGCAUCACUCGAAUUCUUGCAAAGACAAAUUUUCGACAUAAAUCCCGUGAAGGGGACCAAGUGGAAGGGGGCCAAAAGUCCCGAACUCCAGUUCAUUCGAAGAUAAUGAAAUUGGCACAAGCCCUUCGUGCAGACAUCUGAACAUGUGAGUACAUUUUUUUAAUGACAGCAUGUCUUCUCUGCAUAAUGUCUAGCAUUGCUAGUUGUGCAUUUGACAAAGUCUGAAAGCAUC